GACAGGUGCGUUUGAAAUUUACAUGUGGGAUUUCAUUGUAUGUUUAAAUUUUAUUAAAUUUAAUUAUGAAAGUUUACUCAUCCGUAUUACAUUGAGUUGUAAAUUCAUAGGUGCGUAAAGCAGUUUCCCUAUGAUCUAAAACAUAGGGUAAAGCAGUAACCUAAGAUUUACGCCUUGUGAUUUUUUAUGAAAGAAACGACAUGGAGGACGAUAAAAAGGUUAUGUUCCACGAAAUGGAGUUGGAUGAUCGUAUACUAAAGGCUGUGUCGCAGUUAGCUUGGCGUGAACCAACGAUGAUUCAAGAAACAGCUAUCCCUCUCUUGUUAGAAGGUAAAGACGUUCUUAUCAGAGCCCGAACUGGUUCGGGAAAGACAGCAGCCUUUGCCAUACCAGUUAUUCAAAAAAUAUUGAACCUAAAGAAUACAAGCAGAUAUCAGAGUAUAAAAGCUCUCAUAUUAUCACCAAGUAAGGAGCUUUGUGGACAGAUAACCUCUGUAAUAAGUGAUUUGACUAUAAAGUGUGCAAGAGAAGUGCGCUGCGUAGAUAUUUCUGCUAGUAUAGACACACAGGCACAGAAAUCACAGUUGUUGGACAAACCUGACAUUGUAGUAGCAACUCCAUCUCGAGCGUUGACACAUUUGAAAGCAAAUAACAUGAGAUUAAAAGAUGAUUUAUCCAUAAUGGUGGUUGAUGAAGCUGAUUUAAUAUUUUCAUUUGGAUAUGAGGCUGAAAUCAAGGAGUUAUUAGGUUACCUACCAAAAAUCUAUCAAGCCGUACUAGCAUCAGCAACACUUUCAGAUGAUGUCCUCAGUCUGAAGAAAAUAGUUCUACGUAAUCCUGUCACUUUAAAACUGGAGGAGCCUGAAUUGGCACCGUCAUCACAGUUGCAACAUUACCAUCUGUUCGCUGAGGAAGAUGAUAAAGCUGCCAUAUUAUAUGCCUUGCUAAAAUUGAAUCUGAUACGUGGGAAAAGCAUAAUUUUUGUCAGAACAGUAGAUAGGUGCUAUAAGUUAAAACUAUACUUGGAACAGUUCAAAAUUGGAUCAUGUGUUCUUAACUCAGAACUGCCUGCAGCUGUCAGGUGUCUUUCAGUGGACCAGUUCAACAGAGGACGGUAUCAAAUCAUAAUUGCUUCAGAUGAGAAGGCAUUGGAGAAACCUGAUGGUGGCAUAUUGCCUAUUGAAGAAAGAGCUAAAAAGAAAAAGCAAUUGUCAAAACGCAAACGCGACAAAGAGUCCGGUGUGUCACGGGGCAUAGACUUCCAAUACGUGGCCAAUGUAAUCAACUUCGACUUCCCAUCUGACGUCAGCUCAUACGUGCACAGAGCUGGACGCACCGCUAGGGGGACGAAUCAGGGUUCAGUGCUAUCCUUCGUAUCAAUACGGGAAAAAUCACUAAUGGAUGCUGUCGAAGAGCAUCUCGCGAAAGGACUCAACAAUCAGAAGGUUUUACAGAAGUACGAGUUCGCGCUGGAGGAGGUGGAGGGGUUCCGCUACCGGUCGCGGGACGCGUGGCGCGCCGUCACCCGCGUGGCCGUCAGGGAGGCGCGCCUCAAGGAGAUCAAGCAGGAGCUACUCAACUGCAAGAAGCUACAGGGUUACUUUGAAGAGAAUCCCACAGAUUACGCGGCCUUGAAGAGAGAUAAGGCUUUGCACACGGUGAGAUUGCAACCACACUUGGCUCACAUCCCGGAGUACUUGUUGCCCGCCGCUUUAAGGAACGAUGAGCCAGUGGAAGCUGAGGAGGCCGCAUCAGCUCCUCCUCCUAAGAAGAAGAAGCAAACCAAUCAUUAUAGUAAUGCCAAGAGAUUGAAGUAUCAGGCCCGACAAAAAGAUCCGCUGCGUUCUUUGGAUGUUAAGGCGAAAACAAACACCGCAGUCGACACGUAACAUUUAAUUAGUAACUAACGAUCGUAAUUAUACAAUCGGAUAGUACAGAUGGAUUCAAUUUAAAACUUAUAUCCUUUGAAACAUUAAAUCAUUAAAAAAAAUAUUUUAUUAAUAUAUUUUUUUAUGAGAAUGUUCCUCGAAAGUAAAAUUUAUGUAUAUAUAUUAUUAAAAAUAAAACAUCUACCAAACGCAUGUAUUAUGAAGCAGGUUUUAAGAGGACUCUCUUGAAUUUUAAUACCGACUCUCCAGAGUUAUCAAAUGUAUUUAUUUGAUUGGCUUUUGCGUUUGCAUUUUCUAUAAUAUUUUCUUUAAGCAGGUUUAUAUACAUUAUAUAAAUGUUU